CCACAUCAUUCUAAUACGGAGCAACCUGAAAUGGGUGCCACUAUUUUAUUACAAAAAUGUUAUACUCAUGUUUCAAGAAAUGAGAUCUUUCAAUCACCGAUACUGGCUUAUUAAAAAAGGGCUGAUCUAAAAUCGACUUCUUCAUUUUCGAUUGCAUGUGAUCCAUUCUGUGAAACAGUUGCUGUUGCUGAAUUACGAUUUAACUUCCUUGUUGACAUGGAACCGUUUGAAACAACACUUUUUUCUUUGUCAUGGAAGUAGAGUGGAAUAUUCAAUUCAAGAUAUUUUGGCUCACAUACACACUGUCAUCAGUAUCAGCGGCUGAUCCAGGAGAACUGCUUGCAAACAAAACAAAGUCAUCACCAAGUCACGUGACAUCGCUGAAAGGCUCUUCACUGUGGUUAAAGUGGGGCUAUGAGUAUGGUGGUGAUAUUCCCAGAAUAAUAGUCUACAGAGAACAAAUAAUUGGAUUUAACAGUUCUUCACAGGCAGCACUGCAACCUGUGGCAAAGAGGACAGGAGCAAAUGGUAUGCUUCAGCUUGUGCCAACUGUUCCAGCACCAUUCUCUGGAAGGCUCACAGUAAUACCAUCCAACGAUACACUGGUGAUCAGUGGACUAAAGUACAACGACACUGCGUACCAAUUUGCAUCAUAUAUUAUUUUAGACAGUACUUUUGCUGGUACAACCACCUCAAAUAAUGGUUACCUCAAACCAGUUGCCAGUAUUACAAUCAACGGAGUACCAGAAUUCAUCACACCACCUCCAGCCACAGCUGAGGUGAAUGAAAAUUCAAAUUUAGAAAUAGCAAUUGAAAUGGAUGGAAACCCAGCACCAUCAGCUGAUUUUUUUUGGCCUCAUAUUGGUGAUGGUGGGACAACUGUUGCUGGUAGCCAAAUUUAUCCGUAUGUUUAUUCAGCAAAGUUUUCACAUCCAAAUAUAGCGGCUACUUUCUGUGGAAGGAUAUUGAAAUCUUCAGUGAAGAACAGUAUUGGGUCAUCAUUUGCCAAAGACACCAAUGUCACUGUUUUACUGAAUCUUGAUGGCAAUCCUAAUUUGCAAGCAAGAAAGAUAAUCAUAGACAGUUGUGUCGAAGUGAAAUGGACGAAGGCCGAAUCUGGGGCUUGUUACGUGAAAUACGAAGCUAAAUUGAAAAAUGCCUCAGGGACUGUUGUUUAUACUGAAACUGGAUAUAACAUAGAUCAAAUAAAGAAAUGCAAAAUUCCACGAAAUGUGAAUAUCACUGACGUUGAAAUGACGAUGAGUUUCAAGAGUAUUUCAAAGGUCUUCACUGCCAAAGUCGCAGAAACACCCAUCCCUACAACACUACCGCCGACUACUACAUCAAAAACUUCAAAAACACCGGUACCAAGUUCAAGUGAACCAACAACGAGAACAGACACGACCCACAAAUCAACAGUUAAGGGGAAAACAAGUGUUCAGCCAACAGCUUGUAAAGAAAAACAAGUGAAUAGCGAUGAAGAGAAAGACAACAUAAUCAUAGCGCUUUCAGUAGUGGUUGCAGUCUCGUUCAUUGCCAUGGCAACAAUGGUGAUCUGUCUCAUCAGAAUAAAAGGGAAACAAACACAAGCUCAAGACAAUGGAAAUAAAAGGAAUACACAGCCAAAUGAGGCACAUUACAUGGAUCUGCAGGGACAAAUUGCAACCACCGAUUCAACUUAUGCAGGCUUGAAAUCACAAUACGAAGAGAUUCACGAUGCUGCUCGGAAUUAUGAAAAUACGAAGCACCUUUCAAGCGUUUUAUGAGCUCAAACAGCACACAUUUCUUAUUAUUUUGGGUUCUUAGAAGAUCAUAAUCUUCUGUAAUCUUGUCAAUAUAAAAUUCUAAGAUCGAUAUUUUUUCAUAUCUUCUAAACCUAAGUAUAAAUUAUUGUUGGUUUUUCUUUAAAAAGUGUGUCACAUGUCCUUUGCUGCUCGUUUUUGCAAUUUUCAUUCGUUUAUCUUUAUGUUUUUGGCAGAGAUAAACGAGUGUAAUUGCAUUUUGUUGAAUUCUUAGUAAUGCACAGCCAAAUGAGGCACAUUACAUGGAUCUGCAGGGACAAAUUGCAAUCACAGAUUCAACUUACGCAGGCUUGCAAUCACAAUACGAAGAGAUACACGAUGCUGCUCGGAAUUAUGAAAAUACGAAGCACCUUUCAAGCGUUUUAUGAGCUCAAACAGCACAUAUUUCUUAAUAUUUUGGGUUUUUUGAAAAUCAUAAUCUUGUGUAAUCUUCUCAACAUGAAAUUACUAGGUUGAAAUUUUUCAUAAUUCAUCUUUCUUUCAACGAACCAAAUAUAAAGUCGCCAGUCUGUUUUUUGACACCUUCGUGACUUCUUUACAUGACAGUACCAAUCAGUCAAUUCGUGAAAUGAGUUCUCUAGCACGUGUGUACGCUUUCAUUUAUUCUAUAACCAUUCCCCAUCUACAGACUACAGGGGUCAGGAUCCAUAAUGUCCUGAAAGGAUACGGAAAAAACAUCAGUGUUUUUAUUCAACUGCCUAUUUCUAUUUUACCCUUUAACAUUCCGCUCAUCGUUCAUAAAAAGCAUUUUUCUAUCCCGUUUAUCUCUUUACUAUCGGCUCAAACCUUUGACUUUAAUUUCUUAAGCUAUAUUUUGGUUGUUGCUAGAAAUUCGUCAAAAAUUUUUUUUCGUACAGUUUUAUUUCCUGUUUUAUUAUUUUGGAGACUUUCUCACCAUUUUGGUUUCUUUCUUCCAACCCCAAUUGUCACUUUAGUUGUUUAGUUAGCUACAUUUUUACUUUUUACAUCGUGUCACCUCUCUUCUCAACCAUUCUUUUUGUUAGUGCUUUCUGAAAUAUUUAAGAAAGAUAUACUAUAAACCAACAAGAAAUACUAUAAACCAGUCAGUAUCUUCCAGUCAGUAAAUAUUUGAGAGAAUUUUUUUCAAUCAAUUAUGCACUUUUAUUUUUCACCUGCCAUCUGUUUUUGGCUCCUCUUGUAUUUUGCUGUGUUAGGGGCAGUUUUCUAUCGUUUAACGUGCAGUUUUAGCCUGGGAGUUUCUUCUUGAUGUGUUUGGCCGUCGUGCUAAAUUUUUAUGGCUACGAAUAUGAAGUUACUUUUCACUUUAUUUGUAACUAGUUCAUAUCUGGCAUGUUCUAGUUUAGUUGGGUUUUUUUCGUAGAUUAAUAUACUUUAAUGCUAACAUUCAUUUACCUUUGAUAAUUAUUCGUUUUCAUAACAUUGUAAUAUCAAGCUUCUAGUCGUAUUCUCAAUUUAUAAUCUUUAUGUAUUUUUUUCUUUAGUGAACCACGUUUAACACAUCACCACGGAACCUGUGUUGUUUCUUGCUGUGUUAUCUGCUGAGGAUUUUAGUGUGGUGCAUUCGAUUUACAAAAAAGUCAUAGUUACGAAUUGUGGACUACACUCUUAUAAGAUAUACUGUAGAUCUAGAGCAAUGCUUAGAUAGUAAGAAAAUCGUGAGCACUGUCCUUAUGGAUGUCUCCAAAGCAUUUGAUUGUAUUUCACAUGAACUCUUACUGACACAAUUGGAAGCAUAUCGACUUAGUAGAGGUGCUUUAUUAUUAUUAAUUCUAGACUACCUGCAAGGGCGAUUUCAACGAGUAAAAAUAAAUGCUAACUUUAGCGAAUGGAAAGAAACAGGUGUUCCCCAAGGUUCUGUCCUUGGUCCCCUUUUUCAACAUUUUCAUUACUGACAUAUUCUAAACCUAGAUUAAAGCAAACUAUACAACUAUGCUGAUCAUAAUAGCAUAUGGGUUAAAGGUACUGACAAGGAGGACAUAUCAGCUAAACUAGGACAAGAAAUGAAUAUCAUAAACCAAUGGUUUAUAGACAAUGCUUUGCAGCUGAAUGGAGACAAAUGCAAACUUAUGAUGAUUUCAGCAAAACCAAACAAAGUUGAAAAAUGUAGUACUUAUGCAAACAGGCAAAUAGUAAAUGAGGGAGUCAAAGUGAAAUUGUUUGGCGUGACGAUAGACAACCAAUUAAAAUUUGAUGACCAUAUCAAAUGUAUGUGUAAAGAAGCAAGCAUAAAGAUAAAUUCACUUGCAAAAAAUAGCGCCUUGUUUGAACGAAGAGAAAAGACAACUUUAAUAAAAACAUUUGUUUUGACGUUCUUCAAUCACUUUUCCUUGGUAUGGAUGUAUUGUAGUAGGGAAAACAAUAAACUUAUUAACAACAAUCAUGAAAGAAAAUUGCGAAUAGCCUAUAACGAUUCUUCAUGUAGUUUU